AUGGAAAAGACGGAAGGAUCAGAGAUGUUGGCCAAUUCAGGGGGUUAUGAGAAGCAAAGAGACGUUAUGGAGAGGUAAAGAAUUUAUGUUGAUAAUACAGGGUGAUUCCAAAAAUGUGGAGUUAAAUAAUUGCUCAUUUCUGGACCGUGGGUCAUCAGAGAAGCUCAAUAACAUCAGUCUCCGACAGACUAAAACCUUUCUCCACAUUUCUUGAAACACCCUAAUAGCCUGUAGAUUGCUAUAUAACAAGCCUAUAGAUAGGUAUACAGCAACUCUUAUAGUACUAGCAUGCUCAGCGACCAUGAUCCAGACAAUGAAACGUUUUUCCGACGACACCGAAGUAACUUAAUCCAUUUUCUGGUGGAGGACUGGUUUAUCUCGGCGAUGCUCGGCAUAAUCACUGCCAUUUUGUCCAUACUGGUGGACAUUGGAUACGAAUACCUUAAUCACUGUACGCAAUACUCGCGUUAUCCCAUCUUUUAGCAAAAGUAAUCAUCUAUGACCUCGCGAUGGACAUCAGUUACAUUGUUGGCUAUGGCGCGUGGAGUUUGUACACAAUGUCGCUAGUUUUGUGUGCUGCCAUGAUGUGCAAAUAUAUUUCGAGACAAGCCAUUGGAAGCGGCAUACCCGAGGUGAAAGUGAUCAUGAAUGGAUUCAUGCUUCAAAAUUACUUGACGUUCAAGACGUUGAUGACCAAGAUCUUCGGAUUAACAUUGACGUUGGGAAGUGGACUACCGCUCGGGAAAGAAGGGCCAUUUGUGCACAUGGGCGCAAUUGUUGCCACACUGCUCAGCAAAGCUACAAAAAGAUUCCAUCAAAACGCGUUCUACACAAAUGAAGGGAGAGACGCCGAAAUAUUGUCAAGAGGCUGUGCUGUCGUGAGUGAUGUUCUACUAAAAUUCACCAGCGAAGUGCUCCGCGUGCGACGCUAAGAUUUUGAUGAAACUUUUUUCUCUCUCAGCGCUCUCGCCUUUCGCGCUUUCCAUCGGCCGAAAAUGUCGUUGAAUAUCUCGGCUGCAACUUCAAAGCGCGAGCUGAAACCUUCAAAAAUUGAUGUGCCCCUAAUUCCGACUUGUGUGCAAAAUUUUAACGAAACCUGAGCGUCGAACAUUGAGCACUUCCCUUGUCAAUAGCGUUUCUUUAGGGAAUAGCCUGCACAUUCUCUGCUCCAGCUGGCGCUGUCAUGUAUGCCAUUGAAUGCACCCAUAAAUACUUUGCUGUGACUUCGUAUUGGCGAUCCUUCUUUGCGGCGACAUGUGCAGCGUUGCUUUUCCGUUUCGCAAAUGGGGUUAUCAUUCCUCCAAAUAUGAGCGGAUGCAUCGUAGCCUAUUAUCAAACAAGCUUCCCGAAUGAAGUGUUCGUGGUCGAAGAGGUUCCGGUCUUUGCGUUGAUUGGGUAAGCAUACAGACGAAAACUAGUGUAAACCAUUUUUAGCCUGUUAUGUGGCCUUCUUGGAGCAGCGUUCAUCCUGCUUCACAAAACAGUGCAUAAAUUUGUUCAUACAAACAAGUACUUCCAAAAGUGCUUCGGAACUGAGUAAGCAUGUCAUAAAGGACGCACAUAAUUUGGAUUUUCAGUAAAUUUGCAUUUACCAUCUUUGUCGCGUUUGUGGUUGCCUUCAUAACAUUUCCCGGCGGAAUGGGAAAGUACGUCCACGGAAGAUAUACCUUUCAUGAAUCCCUCAGUGAUCUCAUCAGCAACUGCACUUGGAGUUUGUACGGGACGAACAACACACGGGCAUGUGGACACGACUUGGUUUAUAGGUGGAGCACGGAUAAAACCCUACCAUCUCCGGAUUUCUUCCCAACUUUAGUAGGGUAUUUAAUGGUGAUUGUAAGUUUCAAUCGUUUGAAAAAACUUCCAUCUCGUCAAUAGUUUCUCACCGUUCCAUUUUGCUUGACGUUGGCCGUUCCUAAUGGAAUUUUCAUCCCUGCUUUCGUGUUGGGAGCCUGUGGCGGAAGAAUUAUCGGUGAAAUUAUGGUUCUCCUGUUUCCUGAAGGGAUGCGAGGUCCAGGUGGCCCGCAGAUAUACCCCGGGUUAUAUGCGGUAGUUGGUAAGCAAAAUAUAUUGAGAAUACGCUUCACUUCAAGGUGCUGCGGCAUACACUGGUGCUGUAACACACUCUUUAUCGAUUGCGGUAAUUGUUUGCGAAACGACUGGACAGUUAAGCCCGCUAUUACCAGUGCUGGUAAGUAGAUAACGCCGCAAUAAUCUGUCUUGCUUUCCAGAUAGCUUUGAUGAUAGCGAAUGCAGUGGCCAGCUUCCUACAACCGAAUAUUUACGAAAGCAUAAUCAUUUUGAAGAAAUACCCUCAUCUGGCAGAGUUACCGCCAUCCAGAAUAAGGUAAUUAUCAAUCAAUGCCUCUGUCAAAAAAUUGCAGUGUACACACCCUAAAAGUUGAACAAAUAAUGGUAAAAGACAUUGUUUAUAUCCACACAGGCAUGACGUAUCGCGAACUUCGAGAGAUGUUGAUUUCAACCCCGCAACUAAGAUCAUAUCCACUGGUAAACAAUGACGGUAUGUCGUCAGAUCCAGCAAAAACAGCUGAUUUUUUAGAUGACCGAAUCCUUCUCGGGUCAGUCUCAAGAAAGUAUCUAAACUUCAUGCUAACCGUAAAAAUAGGGGCCGACCCAACCCUAUUGAAGAAAAGGCUGCUCAAGAGAAGCUCGUGCGGCAAUAUGUACAGUAACAAUCUACUUUUGCAGAACAUAACAACUGGAUCCACUUUGCUUUCAAGUAGUCCCCUUCACGAGGCUAGACGUAAGCUUUAUGUAACUCGAAACUUAUUCGAUUUUCCAGGUCAGAGUGUGAAGCACACCUUAUACAGGUCACACAAGAGCAAGGACCUUGAUUGCCUGGGAGUAAGUCGGCCAAAGUGAUAUGAAUACAUUUCGCACAGCUCAACAGCACCUGCGAUCCCUACGAGAAUCUAGAAAAGACAAUCGACGUUAAUUCGCUAGCCAUCGAUUCGGCACCGUUUCAAUUAGUCCUUGGCACAAGCCUCUACAAAGUCCAUACAUUAUUCUCUCUGCUCGGCCUCAAUCAUGCGUACGUCACAAACAGGGGUCGGUUGGUUGGCGUUGUGGCGUUACGAGAGGUAAUGGAAAGUGCGAGACAGGGUCUAGUAGCCAAAAGUACUUUUUAUUGCGUCGGGGAAACAUUACAAAUACAACCAAUUACGUACCUCCCUCUCUGACAAAACGCUAUAUUUGUCAGGGAAGGAGGUAUUUAGUAAUAUUCGGCAUGCCUCGCGGAUGCAAUCAGAAGAACACCAAACCACUAGGUCCUGAAUGAAAUCAAUAAAUUUCAGUUACGUCUGGCCCUAGCUGACAUCUACGUGAAGGGAGCAGUACCCUUGGAUUGCUCCUCCAGCUCGAUUAAUCGCAUCAAUAACCAUGUAGAGGACACAGAUGACGCCGAAAUUAUGCGACCAACAGAAGGCUCUGCUGAAAUUGAAAAUACCUGCUAA